GAGGGGAUGUGUUUUAUUGGAAGGAGAUGAGGGAUUGAGAUUGAGAUUGAGAGAGAAUGGAGGGAGAGAUAAAGAACUUGAUACUAGUAUGGGCAACAACCUUAGUAUGUCUUUUGUACUGUCACAAAAUCAAUACCAAUAAUAAAUUUAUGGCCUUCAUUCCUGUGUUUUGCAUAUUCAUAUACCUCCCAUCAUUACUUACAUCUGUUCACUUCGCAGGUACCAUUUCUUUCUUUAUAACUUGGCUAGCAAACUUUAAAUUACUUUUGUUUGCUUUUCAUAAAGGCCCUCUUUUCAAUUCAUCAAAUAAUAAACCCCUUCCUUUGUCCAAAUUCAUCCUAACAUCUUGUCUACCCAUCAAGAUCUCCUCCUCCUCAUCAUCAUCCCAAAAGGAUGGAAAGAAGAAAUUGAUAAUGAUGAUGAAUUACUCGGUUAAAUUUAUCGUGUUUGUAGCUUUGCUCAAAGUGUAUGAAUACGGCGAUCAAAUUCAUCCGCUAAUUAAAAUGAGUCUGUUUUGUGUUCAUAUAUAUGUGGUUCUAGAUAUGGGUCUAGCAUUUCUUGCAUACAUGGCUCGUUCUGUACUGGGGUUAGAACUCGAACCCCAAUUCAACGAGCCAUAUAUGGCUACCUCCCUACAAGAUUUUUGGGGCAAGAGAUGGAAUCUAAUGGUAACCGGGAUACUACAUCCAACGGUGUACAUUCCCGUGAGAUUAUUUCUUUUAAACAAAAAAUGCACAAGAAACAUGGCCAUGUUACUAGCAGUUAUGGCUACAUUUAUGGUUUCGGGUCUAAUGCACGAAUUAAUAUUUUACUAUAUUGGGACCAGAUUGAAACCACCCACAUGGGAAGUCACGUGCUUCUUCCUGACUCAUGGUGUGUUGCUUUGUGCUGAGUUGGUGUUAAAGAGGAGAUUAUCAUUCCUUCGUAUACCGAGGAUGAUAUCAGGGCCGUUGGCGUUGAGCGUGGUGAUGGUAACCAGCUUUUGGUUAUUUUUUCCACCUUUUUUGAGGUGUGAUACCGAAGUGAGAUCCUGUCAAGAAUUUGUUGCCUUUUUGGAAUUUGUUAUUCGUGGAAGGUUUGUUGCCUCAAGUGAUGUUUCCUGUCCGUAUUUUUCAACCAACUAAUUAUGUAAGGAAAAUAAGAAUGUGCAUUAAAAAGUUAUAUGUUUUAAUAUUAAAAUAUGUUUCGAAUUUUAUGUGAA